AUGUUUAGGAUACGACGUCGAAGAUUCUUGCAGCUCGCAUUCGCAGCCGCCACUUUUCUCUUGUGCUACUGUCUCUUCAAGUCAGGCGGCGACUCGGACACGUCUGCGCAACCCUCAGCGGAGAUCUCAAGUGGAAGCUUCUCCACUCAGAGCGCAGAGGUAGUCAUCGGGACGUUUGACGUCUCGCACGAGGAGGACGUUACGCGGUAUAGUCCUGGAGGAUACCAUCCGGUGACCAUUGGCGAUGCCUUCAAGGAUGGACGAUAUGUCGUCAGACGGAAGAUUGGGUAUGGGGAGUACUCCACGGUCUGGUUGACGGAGGACAUACAGAAGAAGCAAUUCGUCGCACUCAAGAUCCUCGCGGCCAACAGCUCUGCUGGCGGCAUCGACGAAGUGGAGGAGGUCGAGAUCCUGCUGCACACCACCAAAGCCAACCCCUCUCACCCAGGGUACAAGCAUGUGAUCAGUAUACUCGACCACUUCGAUCAUGUCGGCGUCCAUGGCACGCAUAUAUGCUUAGUGUUCGAGCUCUUGGGUCGUGGGGGAUACUCCCUCCUUCGCCAUUAUAACGAACAGCUUCCACUACCGAUGGUCAAGAGGUUCCUGCAGCAGUUCUUCCUGGGGUUGGAUUAUUUGCAUACUCAGGCCAGGAUUGUGCAUACGGACCUGAAACUAGAUAACAUAUUACUUAUGUUGGAUGACCCAUACGAGACCAUCAAAAACGACCUCCGCGCGAACCCACCCAUUUCCGCCCCUCCUCAGGGUAGCCAAGGACCGCCGCACACCCCUUAUCGUGUGUACAAGUCCCAGCCUCUUCCUGUUUUCGAACCGCCUGGCAACGCAAUCAACGUGAAGAUAGUGGACCUUGGCGUCGCCAACUGGGUAGACAAGCACAUGCGGAGCCUCAUCACGAGCCCCAUCCUCCGCGCUCCCGAGGUCGUGCUCGGGGCGCCGUGGGACACCAGCGCGGACAUCUGGAGCGCGGCGUGUAUUGUGUAUCGCCUUCUGAUGGGUGACGAACUGUUCAACCCCUUUGCGCGCCCUGACGCCUCGUGGACGGAGGAGGAGGAGCACAUCGCACAGAUGAUUGAGCUCCUGGGCCGAGUCCCCUCGUCUCUCAUUGAACGCGGCAAGUACGCACACAAGUACCUCGAAGCCGACGGGAUGUUAUGGAAGAUUGCAGGCAUCGAGCCCCACUCCAGAUCGCUUCGCGCGAUGAUAGCUGAGCGGCAUGGCGAUGAGGUGGCCGACCAAAGUUACGACUUGUUAAGCCUGAUGUUCCGUUAUGAACCCUACGAACGCUCCACCGCUGCUCAGCUCGCACAACAUCCGUGGCUGAGGCCAUGA